AUGGGAGUACCGCAGUUUUACCGAUGGCUUUCAGAGAGGUACCCUUGCCUGUGUGAAACUAUUUCUUCGGAACAAGUGCCGGAGUUCGAUAACUUGUACUUGGACAUGAACGGCAUCAUCCACCCCUGCUCGCAUCCGGACGACGACGUUGUGUGCAGCGAAAGGCCAGAGUCGGAAGUGUUCGAUGAUAUCGCCAAGUACAUCCAACUCUUGUUUCAAAUCAUCAAUCCGAAAAAGGUACUGUUUUUGGCCGUUGACGGAGUUGCUCCGCGAGCAAAAAUGAGCCAACAAAGAAGUCGUCGAUUCGUGUCUUCGAAAAACUCCGCCGAUUCGAUUGCCAGAGCGGAAAAAAAUGGCUCAACUAUUGAUCGAUCAAAAUUGUUCGAUUCCAACUGCAUCACACCCGGAACGGAAUUCAUGGCUAGGCUGCACGACUUUUUGACGACAUUCGUCAAACACAAGGUAGAAACGGACGAAGCGUGGAAAUCAAUUAAAGUUUACCUCUCAGGCCAUGACUGUUUCGGCGAAGGUGAACAUAAAAUAAUGGACUUCAUCCGUUAUGCGAAAAGCAGGCCGGGAUAUGACCCAAACACUCGCCAUUGUAUGUAUGGCUUGGAUGCAGAUCUGAUCAUUUUAGGUACCUGUUCGCAUGAGCCGCACUUUACGCUUCUCAGGGAGGAAAUAUCCUUUACAAGACGCAGGAAAAACCAGAAGAAAAAAAGAUUCGAUCCGAAUGAUAACAAGUUCUUGCUAUUACACGUCUCACUUCUACGGGAAUACAUCGACAUGGAGUUUGCCUGUUUGAAGGAUGCCCUUGGCUCGAUUUACGAUCUGGAAUCAAUGAUUGAUGACUGGGUGCUAAUGACUUUUCUGGUAGGAAACGAUUUCAUUCCACAUUUGCCGCAGCUGCAUAUUCGUAGCGAGGCGUUACCUAGCAUCUUCAAGGCCUACAAAUCCAGCUUCCUUCAGAUGAAAGGUAACUUAUUUAGAAGCAGCGGCAGCAUAAUAUUUAUAUAUUAG